CGCGUGCGGCGCGGGGAGCUUGCGGGUCGGAUCGCGGUGUCCGCGGCCAUGGAGCGUGGCGCCGAGGGCCGCACGGCCAGCGCGCUCUUCGCGGGCUUCCGGGCCUUGGGGCUGUUCAGCAGCGACAUAGCGCACGUGGUGCGGUUCAACUCCCUGAAGCGCCGUUUCUACGUGACGACCUGCGUGGGCAAGAGCUUCCACACGUACGAAGUCCAGAAACUCAAACUGGUUGCCGUGAGCAACUCGGUCCCGCAGGACAUCUGCUGUCUGGCAGCCGACGAGAGGCUGGUGUUUGCGGCCUACGGGAAUGUGUUCUCUGCGUUUGCCCGUAAUAAAGAGAUAGUACAUACCUUUAAGGGUCAUAAGGCAGAAAUCCAUCUUUUGCAACCCUUUGGAGAUCACAUUAUCUCGGUCGAUACUGACAGCGUUCUUAUUAUUUGGCACAUAUAUUCAGAAGAAGAAUACCUGCAGUUGACUUUUGAUAACUCAGUAUUUAAAAUUUCUGCAAUAUUGCAUCCAAGUACCUACUUAAAUAAAAUACUUCUGGGCAGUGAGCAAGGAAGCCUUCAGCUGUGGAAUGUCAAAUCAAAUAAACUUCUGUAUACAUUUCCAGGAUGGAAAGUUGGUGUGACAGCUCUUCAGCAGGCACCAGCUGUGGAUGUUAUUGCAAUUGGUCUUAUGUCGGGUCAGGUUAUCAUUCACAACAUUAAGUUUGAUGAAACAUUAAUGAAGUUUCGUCAGGACUGGGGACCCAUCACUUCAAUUUCAUUCCGCACAGAUGGUCAUCCAGUGAUGGCAGCUGGAAGCCCAUGUGGCCAUAUUGGACUGUGGGAUCUAGAAGACAAAAAAUUAAUCAAUCAAAUGAGGAAUGCACAUUCUACAGCGAUUGCUGGACUGACGUUUCUUCAUAGAGAGCCACUGUUGAUCACAAAUGGUGCUGACAACGCUCUCAGGAUAUGGAUAUUUGAUGGUCCUACAGGUGAGGGCCGACUUUUGAAAUUCAGAAUGGGACACAGUGCUCCUCUUACCAAGAUUCGAUAUUAUGGGCAAAACGGACAACAAAUUCUAAGUGCAAGUCAAGAUGGAACUCUUCAGUCAUUUUCCACGGUACAUGAAAAAUUCAACAAGAGCUUGGGACAUGGGUUAAUUAAUAAAAAGAGAGUCAAACGUAAAGGACUUCAGAAUACCAUGUCAGUGAGGCUUCCGCCCAUCACAAAGUUCGCAGCUGAGGAAGCCCGUGAAAGUGACUGGGAUGGUAUCAUAGCUUGCCAUCAAGGUAAGCUAUCUUGCUCAACCUGGAAUUAUCAAAGAUCUACAAUAGGUGCUUACUUUCUCAAGCCAAAAGAGUUGAAGACAAAUGACAUUACUGCAACAGCAGUGGAUAUAACUUCCUGUGGAAACUUUGCUGUGAUUGGUCUGUCAUCAGGAGCUGUCGAUGUGUAUAACAUGCAGUCUGGUUUACAUCGAGGUAGUUUUGGCAAGGACCAAGCUCACGAGGGAUCUGUUAGAGGCAUUGCGGUGGAUGGACUAAACCAGGUGACAGUAACAGCUGGCAGUGAAGGAUUACUCAAAUUCUGGAACUUUAAAAAUAAAAAUUUAAUCCAUUCUAUGAAGCUUGAUUCAUCUCCAAAUAUAAUGCUACUACAUAGGGACAGUGGUAUUCUUGGUCUCGCAUUGGAUGACUUCUCCAUCAGUGUGCUGGACAUAGAAACCAGGAAGAUGGUCAGAGAGUUUUCUGGACACCAAGGUCAAAUAAAUGACAUGGCUUUCAGUCCUGAUGGCCGUUGGUUAAUAACUGCUUCCAUGGAUUGCUCUAUCCGGACUUGGGAUCUUCCAUCUGGAUGCCUUAUAGACUGCUUUUUGUUGGACUCUGCCCCGCUCAAUGUUACUAUGUCUCCCACUGGAGACUUUCUAGCAACUUCCCAUGUGGACCAUCUUGGAAUUUAUCUGUGGUCCAAUAUUUCUCUGUACUCAGUUGUUUCGUUACGGCCACUUCCUAAUGAUUAUAUUCCUUCAGUAGUGAUGCUUCCUGGUACUUGUCAAACCCAAGAUUUGGAAGUAUCGGAAGAAACGAUACAGGCAAGUGAUGAAAUGAUAGAGUAUGAGUCACCAGAGCAGUUGAAUGAGCAGCUGGUGACAUUAUCACUUCUCCCUGAGUCACGCUGGAAAAACCUUCUGAAUCUUGAUAUUAUUAAGAAAAAGAACAAACCUAAAGAACCACCCAAAGUACCCACAUCAGCACCAUUUUUUAUCCCAACAGUUCCUGGCCUUGUACCUAAAUAUGCUGCACUUGAACAAAGUCAUGAUACCCAGCAGUCUAAAGUGGUAAAUCUUGGAGUUUUGGCUCAAAAGUCAGAUUUCUGCUUGAGACUUGAAGAAGGACUGGCAAAUAAUAAAUAUGAAGCUGCUAUCAGCCUUUUGAAAGAAAUGGGCCCAUCAGGAAUUGAAACAGAGCUGCGAAGCUUAUCUGUAGAUGGUGGAGGGUCUGUGGAAGUUAUGCAGAGCUUCUUAAAGAUGAUUGGAGUCAUGUUGGACAGAAAGCGUGACUUCGAGUUAGCCCAGGCAUACCUUGCGUUGUUUCUAAAGUUACACCUUACAAUGCUUCCUUCAGAGCCACUGCUGCUAGAAGAGAUGACAAGGUUGUCUUCACAGGUGGAAGAAAAUUGGGUUCAUUUGCAGUCACUCUUCAAUCAAAGCAUGUGUGUUUUAAAUUAUAUCAAAAGUGCUUUGUUAUAAAAAAAAAUAAGCUUAAAUAAGGAUGCAAAUCAAAAUAUAUUAAAUGGUUUCAUUUUAACUUGUGUUCUCCUAGUUUCAUUAUGGAAAAAAAAAAGUUGCUAGCACUGCUGAUUCUCCAUAUUAAAUGCUGGAUACAUUCUUGGAAUAUAAUUCCAUUUCCACUUUGUUGUGAAGAGCUGAAGGCGCACCCAGAUGCCUCAUGAGCUCAGUCUCCUUACGUCCGCUGUGAGACUCACUGCGUUUCUAUUGCCAACCAAUGUUUGUUGUGUAUCUGCUCUCUAUACAAGACACUGCAUAUUUAGAGUAAAGUAUUGCUGCACGAAGCUGAUGAUGUCAAAUGAGAGCAAUAUGUAAAAUAAUUAUAAAAAUACCCCUCUGAUAAUGAAGGACGUGACGGCGCUCCUCUCGUUGCUGGUUUUGAUGAAAACGUGGCUCGUGUUUCUUCCUAAACGAAAAGUUCAUCAAGGAAAAAGCAAAGUGAAGGACAACCUUUAACGGAAUGAGGAAUUUCCCAUGCUGCGUAUGUGUUCAACUUUCUAUAGCAGUUUGUCUUCCGCAAGUGCCUCUCACAUUGUUGAUCUGAAAACAGCUUCCUUUAGAAAGCAUGUGGAGGAGGAGAACGCUCUAGGCGGGUACAGGACGGGUACAGGACAUGUGGGUUUGCCCCUGGGUAUCAGCCAGCUUUACCCUGGUCCCUCCCCUGCGAGAGGGUUGUGCUAGGACAGGUUCAGUGUAUCUUCUCGCUUUAAGAGUCAGUGAGUCAGGCCUGGCACAACAGCCUCGUGGCUGAAUUCUCGCCUCACAUACACCAGGAUCCCAUUUGGGCACCAGUUGGUGUCCUAGCUGCUCUGCGUCCCAUUCAGCUCACUGCCUGUGGCCUGGGAAAGCAGUAGAGGAUGGCCCAAAGACUUCAGACCCUUCACCCACGUGGGAGACCCAGAGGAAGUUCCUGGCUCCUGGCUUCGCUUCAGCUGUUACAGCCACUUGGGGAGCGAAUUAGCAGAUGGAAGAUCUUUCUAAUACGCUCUGCAUACCUGCCUUUCCAAUAAAAAUAACUAAAUCUUUAAAAAAGCAAAACUAUUUCUCUGUUCUAAGUACUACAAUCCAAAGAUACAGAAACAGCCCACUAUCAAAUCAUAAGCUUUUUGAAGAUAAUAUCUUAAAAUGAUAAGGAUUGUGAGUUGAAGUUGUAUUCUUUUUAUAAACCGUGAACUGAAUUUUCAGCUCUUUUUUCAAAUGAAAGUAUAAGUAUGUUGUUUUUAUUGGCCUUAUUUUAUGUAGUAUGACAGCAUUAUUUCGGUAGUUGAUCUUCCAGUUUUUACUUUAGUUUCAUCAAAGCAGAGGUGGGAGAAAGAAGUAUGAAGUGUAAGUUUAUGUGUAAAUAUUUUUUCUUAGUGUAUUUUUUCUCAGCUUGUGCAUUUAUUUCAAGAAAUACAUCCAGCUAGCUUCCAAAACGACUAUCAAUUUACAGUUUCCCCCAACAAAAAAUGAGUGCCUGCCUCGUGAGAUCAAGAAUCUAUGAUAAAAGGGUUUUUUUUUUUUUUAAUUUUUAUGAACUAAUGAGUGAAAAUAAUAAUAAUUUUAUCAAAAAUUCCUCCUGGUACUGAGGAUGGGCUUAAUUCUAGAGCAUUCAUACAUCUUUGGAAGGACAUACUCUGCUCUUUUUCCUACUCUUAAAACUUAUCUUUCAACUUGAUGGAUUUGUUGGAAAUGUUCAUAGCUUUCUGUCUACAGAUACUUCUCUGUUGGCAUUUACUUAUUUUUAACUUGAUUUUAUCUGAGUAGGUUAUAUUUCAUAACUCCUAUUGAGUACAUGAAGCAAUGGGAUUUAAAUAGGAUGUAAGUGCUCUUUUCUGAUUGUAUAUUACAUGUGUUCAUUUCACAUCUGUCAUAUAUAUGGUAAGAUUGGCCUCUGAGUCAGUAGAUGUUCAGAUCCUUAUCUCGGAGUGAUGUUUACGAAGAGUCUAAGUAAGGAGUAUAACUUUUUAUUCAAAUGCCCAAAGUUCAUUUGUAAAAAGAAGUCGGUCUCUGAUUGAAAAAUUCAUAUUUUCACGUGCUAAAUUCUUUCUUUGAGCUGUUUGAUAUGUCUAAAUAAAUAUGUAUUGUUUUGAUUAUACUUUGUAUCAAAGCAUAUUUAAAUUUAGCAGAAUAAAACUUUGAAGGUUUUU